AUGGCCCGGGAGGACUCGGUGAAGUGCCUGCGCUGCCUGCUCUACGCUCUCAACUUACUCUUCUGGCUCAUGGCUCUGUGUGUGUUGGGAGUGGCUGCGUGGCUUAGGGAUUACCUGAACAAUGUGCUCACCUUAACCGCCGACACCAGGCUGGAAGAGGCAGCGAUCCUCACAUACUCCCCUGUUGUCCACCCUGUUGUCAUCGCAGUGUGCUGUUUUCUAAUCAUCGUGGCCAUGGUGGGCUACUGCGGCACACUGAAAUGCAAUCUGCUCCUCCUGUCCUGGUACUUUGGCAGUCUGCUGGUGAUCUUCUGCGUGGAGCUGGCCAGCGGAGUGUGGACGUACGAGGAGCCUUCAGUGCAGAGGUCUGAUAUGAUCAGUUUGAAAUCGCGCAUGCCCAACUAUGGCCUACAGCGCUACCAGUGGCUAACCCACGCCUGGAAUUCCUUUCAGACUGAGUUCAAAUGCUGUGGGGUGAUCUACUUCACUGACUGGCUGGAAAUGACUGAGAUGGAGUGGCCGCCGGACUCUUGCUGCUCUGAUCAGUAUCCAGGCUGUGCUCACCAUGCCCACCACCGUGACCUGAGUGACCUCUACCAAGAGGGCUGCGGGCCUAAAAUCUACAGUUUUAUCCGUGGCACAAAGCAGUUGCAGGUCCUACGUUUCUUGGGUGUGUCCAUAGGAGUGGCCCAGAUCCUGGCCAUGACCCUGACACUCACGCUGCUUUGGGCACUCUACUACGACCGCAAACCUCCUGACCCUGCUCCGACUGACCCCGUCACACACACCCACUCACAUUGUCCCACAGAGGAGCCCCAGAAGUCGGGCCACGUGCACUCACGCCCAUCCGAAGCCUGGGCCAGCGCCCCCCAUAAUGGACAUGCCCAGUUUGAAAUGGAGCAGCUCUCCUAGCAGCUGCACUACCUACCAGACUCCACUAGCUGAUCUCUUGGAAUCUGGCAUACAGUAACAAUGCAGCGUCACAGCAACCCUGAACAGUAAGCUGGUUGCCAGGACACCCAUUGUGAUCUCAUAACUGUUCAAGGUACUGUAAAAAUGACAGAACCUCCGCUUUGCAGUAGAAACAUGGAGCGCCUGUUGCAGUGAGACAUGGAGGUUUUGUUUGCCAGCAUGCAGUUUCGGAAGUACUGACAGUGCUGUAGUACAUAAACACAGAAAUGGAAUAUAUCUGAGGACGGACUGGAUGCGUAGUCUUUUAUGCAAAACUCUGAAAAGUGAAGUUGGUUAUCAGUACAGCUAACAAGGGGCUAGUGGACGUGUCCCUAGAUGGCUAUUCUGCUUAUCCAGCCGAACCCUUGAGUUCCAUGGACACUAAACUCCACUAGAUGUUUGGAGCAGGAUAUAUGAUGUUUUUCUAUAUAUGCUUUGGACUGAAAGGGCUAAACACAUUACACAUACACUCACACUUCAACUUGAGUCUUAAAAGAGAUUUGAAUUGUCUAAAGGAAGAUCCAGCUGCUCUAAACUUUUGGGCUGUAUGUCUACAUGUCUUAAUUCACUAGCACUGUGAUGUAAAUUAUAGAAUCCUUUUAGUUUAAAAGCAAAAGUGUCUUGCUACAAAAAGCUCUACUUUGAAGGUUGUGCAAAGAAGCCUUGAGAUUUACAAAAAAGCUGUACAUAUACUCAUAUGGAGCAUGUGUGUGAAUUUCAGUGAACUACAUUUGACAGAUCUUUUA